UGAGAGCGGGGCGCGUGGCUGCCAGUUCGUGUGAACGCGCGUGCGAGCGACAGCGCCGGCUGGCUGGCUGGCUGGCUGGCUUAAAGAGCGCGAGCUUAAACGCGAGGAAGAACGAACAGCUUUAAAACAGCAGCCGAGAAAAGAGAGUGGAUUGUGCCCCGGCGAGGAAUUAAAGUGCCCCGGUGCGGACCGCCAUGCCUGCGCGCGGGAGGCGGAAAACCCCAGCGGCGGCGGCGACGGCGGCGGUGGUGGAGUCUGGAGGGGAAGGCGGAGAAGCCGCGGCAGCUAAAAAGAUGUUGAAGUGCGUGGUGGUCGGGGACGGAGCGGUGGGGAAAACGUGUUUGCUGAUGAGCUACGCUAACGACGCCUUCCCUGAGGAGUACGUGCCAACCGUUUUCGACCAUUACGCAGUAAACGUAACUGUAUCUGGCAGACAGCACUUGUUGGGGUUGUACGACACUGCUGGGCAGGAGGACUACAACCAGCUGCGGCCACUUUCCUACCCCAACACUGAUGUUUUUCUCAUCUGCUUUUCUGUGGUCAACCCUGCUUCCUACCACAACGUGCAGGAAGAGUGGGUGCCCGAGCUCAAAUCCUGCAUGCCUCAUGUGCCGUACAUCCUUAUAGGCACACAGAUUGACUUGCGAGACGAUCCAAAGACACUGGCCCGCUUGCUCCAAAUGAAGGAGAAACCACUGACUUAUGAGCAAGGCCUCAAGCUGGCCAGAGAGAUUGGAGCACAGUGCUACCUCGAGUGUUCAGCACUGACGCAGAAGGGACUCAAGACAGUGUUUGACGAGGCCAUCCUGACAAUCUUCAGCCCUAAGAAACAGAAGAAGGGCUGUGUGCCAUGCAGGAACUGCUGUACUAUCGUAUGAGCACAGACAGAAGCCAUGAGGCAAAUCCCACUGUGAACAUGAGCUCACCUCCAGAUGUACCCAACAUGGAAAGAAAAUGAAGCCAAGUCCCUUCAGCACCUUCCAGUUUCCUGCCUCACUGCCACUGUCCAUUAUCAAGAAGUGGAAAAUGCAGCGAUUCGUUACCAUUUGAAGCUUUCUUCUCAGCGCCUUUGUUGAUCAAACCUUGAGGGUUUGAGGACAUAAAGCACUUCAGGAGUGGUCUUGCAUCUUCUAUAAAGUACAUUUCUGAAGCUCAAGCAAGAAGCAACCAAGCAGACUUUCAGAGAAACAACACAGAUGUUUUCUUCAACAAAUGCUUCACUGUGUCGGAAAGCAGGAUGCAAAAUCUGCUCUGCUUAUACCACAUACUGAGAUGCUGACCAUGUAAAAUACAGUUUCCCUUUUGUAUUGGGGAAAAGAGAAACCAGUCACCCCUCAAAAUGACUAUCCUGAGCUUCUACAAGCUCAAAACAAGUGCCUCAAUCAAGCGCCAAUGUCAGAGUUCUAUUUAUAACGCCUCUCACCUCUUGGUUCUCUUGCCAAAGACGAGUUGCUUACUCAUUUGACGCUUUCAUCAGGGACGCAAGUCUCCGCACUGACACAGGGCAACCUCAUUCUGUCUCCAUUCUAAUAAAUAGUCUUGGUUUUAGAUUGGUCGGCUUUUAGAUUUCUAGCCCCAUACAUUACAGGCUUUUUUCAAGGCAGACAGAGCACUGCGUUCCAAGAGCUUCGAUACACUUCCUCUCAGUAAAAUGUGACCUUGUGAACUUCACUUUCUUUCUGUGUGUUCAGAUGUUACUGUGAAAGUCAUGUUGAACUUAUCAGUGCCCUGUAAUACAGUUACUGUUAUACAGCUCUCAAGAAUGUACCCUUGAACUUCAGUGCUAGUUUUCAGUAGAGUUACUGCCAUGUGUCAGUGCUUCAUCAGCUAAAGGUUCUAUGAAUCACCACAUGUUAAAGGGCUAAGGUUUUGUCAACUAACAGCCAAUUUAUUUAGCCUGCAAAAGCAAAUGUAGAAGUUCAGGCACCAACACAUUCUUUUCUGCCUGAAAUAACUGAACAGGUAUUUCUCAGAUGUUGUCUAAAUGCACACCUGCGUUGGUACUGAAUUUCUUCUUUUGACAGCUCUUUGCCUGGUUGUAAAAACACUGGUUGCCUUUUAGCGUGACCUCAGGGACUUCCUCCCGAGCCCACAGGGUGCUAGUGACCUUCCUCAUGAGUACAAAGAGGAAGGCCUGGUCCACACAGAGGAAGAAUGAGCCUGAAUCCUUGUGCCUUUAAUGUAGCAUAGAAUUUGUUUCUUCACUCGUCUUAUGACACUGUGCCUUGAGUCGUCCUAUGCAACUCUAUACUGUAAUCAUACAAAGAAGAACAGCGUCAACACUGGCCAUGCCAGCAAUAACUUGAACUGAAUGUGUAACUGCAAACCUGUAUUUAACUUUUUUUUAAUUAUUUAGAACGUAGUGAAUAUUACUUUCCUUUUUUUAUUUCAUGUAUUGGUUGGUAUACUAUAUGACUGCUUUUUGCCAAAUAUAUAAAGGUUUGUAUAUAGGUCUGGUGUGAUUAAAGCUUGUGAACAAACUUCAAUACCUUUUUACAGUUCAGCCUUUAUUAAGAAACUCUGCAAAUGUUCCUAUGAAUGUUGAACUUUUGUCAAUAUCCUGCACCUUUUUCUAUACCCAUGUAGUAUAAGUAACUAUGGAGGUACUUCUACCCAUUACAACAGUUUUCUUAUUCUUUCAACAGGCCAUAAUAAAAAACCAGCAAAG